UUGUUUUGUUUUUGUUUAUCAUAAAAGUAAUUAUUUUUCAUAACGAUGACAACAAUUAUUAUUAAGAAGCAUAUUUUUACUCUCCUCGAGAAGAAAACUUUUUUGGAUAUUUUGAAAAGAUACUCCUCGGUGAUAGAGAAUAAGGAUACCGAUGGCGCUUCAUUACGCGCAAAAAAUGAAGCUUGGGAUAUUGUAACCAGAGAAUACAACGCAAGCCCUCAUGCCACUAAUCAGGUUACUAAUAAACAACUGAGGAGAUUGUGGAUGAACCUCAAGCAGCGGCAAAGGGAAGCAGAACGUCAACAUCGGCUAGCUACUGGAGGGGGGCCUGCAACCAGUGAUGCAGUUGUAGACCCAGAUGUGUCUGAGGUGGCCCCAGCUCUAAUAGUUGGUAUUGAUGAUGCUGUUGACUCUGAAACAAUUCCAGUAACCGCUGACCUUGCCGUCCAAGAAGUAAAUAUGGACUCGCAGCCUGUCUCUUAUCUUGCACCACUUGCUGCCCCAACCCGGACAACAUUGACACCACCUCCACCUGGAGUAGGUCCACUACUGUCUCUGUCUAUAUCUACCCCACUACCAGCUCUCCCCACAGCCACUCCACCACCACCACCUCUUCCUCCAUCCACUCCACCACCACGUCUUCCAACCCCACCUCUUAUUAACCCAUCAAAUACAGCCACCCAAACUUUUCAAAGGCAUAAGAGUUCUAUUCUGGAUAAGGAAUAUAAAGACAGACAGAGACGGGCUAACGAGAUUCAUGACUUGGAGGUUUUAUUAUUAAGAGAAAGAAUAAGAGAAGCAAAGGCGAAAGCAGACCUCGCAGAACUUCAACUGCAGCAGCAGUGUUCCUCAGGUACAUCAGUAUUACCUACUUGCUCAUCAUAUUAUUUUAAAAACUAGUAUAGCUUAGUUAAGUCCUGGGAUAAUUAAUAAAACAUUUUUCAUCUAAUUUGUUUCAGAUAGUGCAACUGAUGGCAGAAGAGAGGAUGUGGCAUAAUAUAAUAAAUGGAAUAUUGUUAAUUUAUGAAAUAAAAGCAUAUAAGUCAAUAUAUAAAAUAUGUUUUAUUAAAUAAUUUCAAAUACUAUUCAAUCACAAAGCACUGCUCAUAAAGACUAUUGGUAAUAAUUUUCAACAAUUGAAUUUCUAAUUAAAAAUCCAGUGCUAGUGCUUGGUAUUAAACUAUCUGUUUCUUCUUGUUCAUCAUUCUGAUUCUCAUCAAAAACCAUAACAUCAUUUAAAAUUAAUGACAAGUUGUGUAAUACCGCACAUGCUACAAUUAUAUGAGAAACAGUUGACAGUUUGUUACCUAGGCCUCUAGAUAA